AUGAAGCUGAAUCUGUACAAAAGCUCAAUUAUAAGUGUAGGUGCAGAUGAAUCUAUUAGUGAUUUGGCGAUGGAGCUUGGCUGCAAGGUGGAGUCUAUGCCUAUAAAGUAUUUGGGGUUGUCGUUGGGGGUUACAGUAAGGAACACUUUAAUUUGGGAGGUUGUUAUUCAGAGAAUGGAAAGUAGAUUAGCUUUGUGGAAUAGAAAAAUUUUGAACAAGGGUAGAGGUUUCUGGAAGAACAUUUUGAAAUCUAGCUCUUUGAUACAGGAUGGUUGUGAGCUGCAGGUCAAGAAUCGUAAGUCGGUCAGAUCCUGGAUCACACUUCACAGCGUUUAUACGAACGGGAAUAUAGUCCUUGUACACUGUACAGUUUCUUUAAGAAAUAAAUACACCCCUCUUCUUCACUGCCUAAAGAUUCUGAACUCAAAAGUCUCAACCAAAACUAUCCUCCACAAAACAGAAGAGCGAGAAAAAGAAACAAAGAUUCUGGCAGCAAUGAAUGGUGUUGUAUCAAUGGCAACAACAUCACAAGCAUACUUACAGGGCAAACAAGUAACUGAAUCUAUGGCGUUAGUUGCUGAACUGUGUCGUCACUUUUAUUCACUUGGUUGGGUUUCUGGUACUGGUGGUAGUAUUACUCUUAAAGUUCAUGAUGAGUCAAUCCCUAAACCUCAACAAAUCAUUGUCAUGUCUCCUUCUGGUGUUCAAAAAGAAAGAAUGGUACCUGAAGAUAUGUAUGUACUUUCAUCAACUGGUUCUGUUCUAUCUACACCUACUCUUAAACCGUACCCUCAAAAACCUCCCAAGUGUACUGAUUGUGCUCCUCUUUUUAUGAAGGCAUAUCAGAUGCGAAAUGCUGGUGCUGUAAUUCACAGUCACGGGAUGGAGUCUUGCAUUGUGACGAUGCUUAACCCAAAUGCUAAAGAGUUUCGGAUUACUCACAUGGAGAUGAUAAAGGGAAUUCAAGGCCAUGGAUAUCAUGAUGAUCUUGUUGUCCCAAUUGUGGAAAAUACUGCCCAUGAGGGUGAGCUCACAGAUUCUCUUGCUGAAGCGAUUAAAGCCUAUCCCAAAACCACAGCAGUGCUUGUCCGUAAUCACGGGAUCUACAUAUGGGGUGACUCCUGGAUUAAUGCAAAGACUCAGGCGGAAUGCUAUCACUAUGUCUUCGAGGCUGCUAUCAAACUCUAUCAAUUGGGCUUAGAUUGGUCGACCCCAACCCAUGGUCCAAUUCAAAGCGUCAAAAAACUUCACUAUGGUGAUAGUAAUGUUAAGACGAGGGCUACGACAGGUGGUAAUGGAGCUGAUCCACCCCACCGCUGUGUUGUUCUUGACAUUGAAGGGACAACAACUCCUAUAACAUUUGUAACUGAAGUUCUUUUCCCAUAUGCUCGUGAUAAUGUGAGGAAGCAUUUAACUGCCACAUAUGAUACUCAACAAACCAAAGAUGAUAUUAAGUUGUUGCGUGCUCAAGUUGAGAGUGAUUUGAAAGAAGGUGUUGUUGGUGCCCUGCCCAUUGCCCCUGAUGAAGCUGGCAAGGAAGAAGUGAUUGAUUCUUUGGUAGCCAACGUCGAAGCUAUGAUUAAAGCUGACAGAAAAAUUACCUCUCUUAAAGAAUUGCAGGGUCAUAUAUGGAGAACUGGAUUUGAAAAUAAUGAAUUAAAGGCAAUAGUUUUUGAGGAUGUACCACAAGCUCUUAAAAGGUGGACGGAUUCAGGCAUCAAAGUAUACAUAUAUUCCAGUGGUAGCAGGGAAGCUCAACGGCUUCUCUUUGGCAAUUCAAUCUAUGGAGACUUGAGAAAGUAUUUAUGUGGAUUUUUUGAUACCACAGUAGGAAACAAAAGAGAAACUCGUAGUUACAUGGAGAUUGCCCAGUCGUUGGGUGUGGAUAAUCCAUCAGAGAUCUUAUUUGUAACAGAUGUAUUUCAAGAAGCCGUGGCUGCAAAGGAAGCAGGUUUGGAGGUCAUCAUUUCUGUCCGACCGGGAAAUGCACCUCUUCCAGAAACCCACGAGUUUAAAACAGUGACAUCCUUUUCAGAAAUCUGAGGUCCAAAUUAAUUUUCUGUAAUCUUAUUAAUGUGGCACAAUGUUGUGAUUAAUAAAUGAAUCAAUAAAUGUCUUGACGUAAAUGGGGUUUGUUAGAGUUUUCAAAGUCCAAGUCAUACAAACUUCAUAUUUCUCCAACUGCCGUAAGAAAUGACAUUAGCUUGUGGGAUGUUUCAAUAUUUUUAGAUUUAUACUUCACAAGUUCACACAUCCUUUACCCUCUUGAAAGAAACCUUUAUCAAUAAAGCAGGUUAUCACCUUA